GCAAGCUGCAAAACUCUGAUCUCUUCCAUGCCACCAUUUCAAGAACCAAGCUAAGCUUUUUUCAUCCUAAAUCAACCUCAUAAUGUCCAAACUAACCCCAUCAUCAUCAACCCAAAUCUACCUCAUCAUCCUCACACUUCUGCUCUUCACUUUGCCCUUCCAUGGAAACUGCCAACCCAGUAUCAAUCCAGAGACAACAAUUUUGCUUGAAAUAAAGAACCAUUUUUCUAACCCAUCCAAUCUUUCCCACUGGACUUCAUCCUCCGAUCAUUGUACUUGGCCGGAGAUCACCUGUGCAGAUGGCUCCGUCACUGGAAUCCAGCUGGCCUUCCUAACGCUUAACCAAACCAUCCCACCAUCCAUCUGUGACCUCAAAAACCUCACAAUUCUUGAUCUCAACAACAACUUCAUCCCUGGACCUUUCCCUGUAGCUCUGUACAAUUGUUCAAAUCUUGAAUACUUGGACUUGUCUUUCAACUACUUCAAUGGCUCAAUCCCCAGUGAUAUCAACCGGCUUUCUCCUCGGCUCACGGUUUUUAACCUCUCCUCAAACUCGUUAACUGAUGGAAUCCCAGCAGCCAUUGGAGGAUUAAAGCAGUUAAAAGAGCUUCAGUUUGCCGCCACCUUCUUGAGUGGAUCUUUCCCGCCGGAAAUUGGUGACUUGGUGAAUCUUGAAGUUCUGACUUUGUACGAGAAUCCCUUUGCACCGCAGGAGAUCCCGUCAAGUUUUGCUGGAUUGAAGAAACUGAGGAAUCUAUGGAUCAAAAGUUCCAAUUUGGUUGGAGAGAUUCCUGAGAAUAUCAUCGGUAACAUGACAGCUUUGGAGUUCUUGGAUUUAUCUGGAAAUAGUCUGAGCGGUAAUAUUCCCAACAACUUGUUUCUGCUUAAGAAUUUGACAAAAGUUUACCUCCAGGUAAACAAAUUGUCAGGUCCUAUUCCACAGUCAGUUGAGGCCUUGGAUUUGAAUUGGAUUGAUUUUUCCAAUAACACUUUAACCGACGAAAUCCCUGAAGGCUUUGGGAAGCUGACAAAACUGGAGGGGUUGGUUCUGUUCAUGAAUCGAUUAUCAGGCGAAAUCCCAGAAAGCAUAGGUAGAUUGCCAGCAUUGUGGGAUGUGAGGCUGUUCACCAACAAUCUUUCAGGCGAAAUUCCGGGAGAUUUUGGGAAACAUUCAAAGCUGCAAACUUUUGAUGUUUCCACAAACAAUCUUGUGGGAUCAUUGCCAGAGGGGCUGUGUGAUAACAAGGUGCUUUCUAGCAUCAUUGCUUUUAACAACCACCUUACAGGUGAGCUUCCAAAGUCUCUUGGGGAUUGUCAAACCUUGGGAAGUGUCCUAGUUGAAAAGAACCAACUUUCUGGAACAAUUCCUGAUGGUUUGUGGGGAGCUAGGAAUCUGUCAAGGUUCUUGAUUAGUGAUAACUUGUUUACUGGUGAGCUUCCACGAAAGAUUGCAUCGAAUGUGUCUCUAGUGGAUGUUAGCAACAAUCGGUUUUCAGGUGAAAUCCCUGCUGGGGUUUCUUCUUGGAAUAAUCUUGUUAACUUCAAGGCAAGAGAUAAUCUGUUUACCGGUGAAAUCCCUCAAGAACUGACGGUCCUGCAAAGGUUAUCGGUUCUUUGGUUAGAUGGGAAUCAACUUUCUGGGAAUUUCCCAUCAGAAAUUAUCUCAUGGAAGUCACUGACCUCCUUGAAAUGCAGCAGGAAUCAACUCUCUGGUGAAAUCCCUUCAGCACUUGGUCUUUUGCCAAAUCUUAAUGAGUUGGACCUGUCUGGAAACCAAUUUUCCGGGGAAGUUCCACCCGAGAUAGGGCGUUUGAGGCUAACUUCACUCAACCUGUCUUCAAAUCACCUCUCGGGGAGAAUCCCGGGUGCUCUUGAAAAUGCAGUUUUUGAUAAGAGCUUCUUGAAUAACCCCGAACUUUGUGCAGCCACCCCUUCAAUUGGCCUCAGUAUUUGCAAGCUGAAUACCAAGAAAUCGAAUAGCAAUUCAAUCAGAGUCAUAGCUAUUCUUGGUAGCAUAGCAGCAGCCUUGUUUCUAGUAGCCAUUCUCUAUAUACUGUUUGGUUUAAGAAAGAGUAGGAAAGGAAAGCAAGGAUUAGACCCAAAUUGGAAGUUUACACCAUUCCACAGGCUAAACUUCACAGAAUCAAAUAUUCUGUCGAAUUUAACAGAAGACAAUGUGAUUGGCAGUGGGGGAUCGGGGGAAGUUUACCUCGUACAACCCUUACAUCAUACCGGUGAAAAAGUCGCUGUUAAGAGGAUUUGGAAUUGCAAGAAGCUGGAUCGAAAGCUCGAGAAGGAGUUCGAAGCAGAAGUGGAGAUACUUGGCACGAUUCGCCACUCAAACAUAGUGAAACUCCUGUGUGGAAUCUCUAGUGAAGACUCUAUGCUUCUUGUGUACGAGUACAUGGAAAAUCGCAGCCUGGAUUUAUGGCUACAUCCAAAGAGAAGACCAUAUUUUUCAAGUCCCCCUUAUUGCCAAAUCCUGGAAUGGCCAACCAGGCUACACAUUGCCACCGGGGCAGCCCAGGGGCUCUGCUAUAUGCACCACGGCUCCUCCCCGCCCAUCGUUCACAGAGAUGUUAAAUCGAGCAAUGUGCUUUUGGGCUCCGAGUUCAAUGCUAAAAUUGCAGAUUUUGGUCUGGCAAGAAUGUUGAUUAGGCCUGGAGAAGCUAACACAGUCUCAACAUUGGCUGGCACUUUUGGCUACAUUGCUCCAGAGUAUGCACACACAACUAAAGUGAACGAGAAGAUCGAUGUGUACAGCUUCGGGGUGAUCCUUUUGGAGCUCGUUACCGGAAGGGAACCUAACCAUGGCAGUGAAGAGUUAUGCCUAGCUGAUUGGGCACGGAAAUACGUGCAAGAAGGAAAGCCCAUAGCUGAUGCAGUAGAUGCAGAUAUCAAGAAGGCACAGUACUUAGAUGAGAUGCAAUCUGUGUUCAAACUUGGGAUAUUCUGUACUGACAUUUCUCCUUAUAGAAGACCUACCAUGAAAGAGGUCCUGGAAAUCCUGCUAAAAUUCAAGCGUCAAUCGCCAUAUGCAGACAACGUAAAUGGAAGUGAUCGCGACGCUUCGCCACUCCUUAAACAUUCAAGGAGUGGGAGGAGCUCAGAGAGUGAAGAUGAUGAGUUUAAGUUCAUAGUGUGAAGGAGUCUAGAGUGUUUAAGAUGAAUACAUUAUACAUAUAGCUGUUCAUAAAAGUAUA